AUGAGUCCCGGAAACGUCACCGGGACGUUGUCCACUGACAACGAGUGUGUUCCAGAACCAGGAUCCCAUUGGGUGAAGGGAACGGGCUCGGUGGAGUACCUGACGGCCGAGAUCCUGGAGCUGGCGGGCAACGCGGCGCGCGACAACAAGAAGACGCGCAUCAUCCCGCGCCACCUGCAGCUGGCCAUCCGCAACGACGAGGAGCUCAACAAGCUGCUGGGCAAGGUGACCAUCGCGCAGGGCGGCGUGCUGCCCAACAUCCAGGCCGUGCUGCUGCCCAAGAAGACCGAGAGCCACCACAAGGCCAAGGGCAAGUGAGGACCCUGCGUUCCUUUGGCAACAACGCA